AUUGCACUCCAGCCUGGGCAACAGUGAGACUCCAUCUCAAAAAAAAAAAAAAAAAAAAACGUGAGGACCUGUUAAGUAUCAGUGGUAGCUUAUGCCUGGGGGCUAGGCUAGAGGGAAGGGUCGGGUGUCUACCCCAUGGUCCACUCAGGGAGGAGCAUGAUGAGUGGGCAACAUGGGGAUGUGCUGGGCUGCCUGGGAACUUUCCUGUGGCCCUUAGAGGAUAGAGAGUGUAGAAACAGCCUGAUCUCCCAGGGUUGCUAAUUCUUAGAAACUUAUUGUCACAUGGGAGGGGAAGAAAGAAGAGGCAGCUUUUCAGUUGCCCUUUUCCUUGGUCCUGCCUAGUUUAGCUUCUAGAGAGUAUGGUAUGUGCCUGUGGAGAAAAAGUGAAGGACCCAAUUCCAGUGCCUUCCCCACUGGACACUGGGGUUUCAAAGAUGAAUCUGACAAUUCCAGUCCUCAAGGAUUUCACUGUCUCAUAGGCGGGGCUGACAGAAAUUCAGUAAAUUUACACAAAUUUACUGAAGUUCUGUGGAUGCCAGGUACUGGGGAUAGAACAGGGAUGGACAGUGCAGGCAGGGCCUUGCUCACGUGGGGCUGCCAUGCUGGCCUGUGAGACUGACCAUGAGGAAGGAAACCUCGGAGAGAGGAUGGAAAGAAAAGCAGAAAAGAAAUGGAGAGUGAUUGUGGGGCUACUUUGGGCUCUUUGUCAAAAAAGACCUUGCCUAAAAGGUGCUAUUUGCCCAGUCACCUGAAUGUGAAAUCAGAUGUGGGAACAUGAGGCCCUAUUCCAGGCUGGGAACUGGCAGAAGAAAUGGCUCUCAGGCAGCAAUGAACUUGACUUUUAACAUAAGUUUUCUAGUAAUAAACAGGUUAAAAACUCUGGGCUUUCAGUAUGCUCCAAGCAUGUAAGUUCUAAGCAUUUUACAUGUAAUUCAUUUCAUCCUCACAAAACUAUGAGGUAAAUACUGUUACUACCAUUUUCAGGUGAGGAACUGAAGCACAGAGAGGCCAGUUAACUUGCUCAAAAUUAUAGAGCUAGUAUGUAUUGGAGCUGCGAUUCAAACCCGGAGUCCAGUGCCCUUCAGUUUCUCCAUUUUUAGAUGCAGUGCAUUGGGUUCAUUCAUUCACUCAAAUAUUGAUGUUUCCUACAUACCAUCACUGUUACAGGCACAGAGGACAAAACGAAGUGCUGCCUUUUUGGCAUUCACAAGGAUAGGGAGACAAGCACUAAGAGUAAACUAAAUACAAGAAUCAUAAGAACUAAGGGAGAAAGCGGGAGAGAAGGAUAAGGCAUGGGGCUGGAGUCGGGUGAACUGAAAAUAGAAUGACCGGAGAAUGCUUCACAGGAAAGGUGAUUUUUUUUUUUUUUUUUUUUUUUUUUUUGAGAGAGUCACACUCCGUCAUCCAGGCUGGAGUGCAGCGGCGCGAUCUUGGCUCACUGCACCCUCCGCCUCCCAGGUUCAAGCGAUUCUCCAGCCUCAGCCUCCCGAGUAGCUGGGAUGCUACCAGGCCCAGCUAAUUUUUGUAUUUUUAGUAGAGACGAGGUUUCAUCAUCCAGGCUGGUCUCGAACUCCUGACCUCAGGUGAUCCACCCGCCUCGGCCUCCCAAAGUGCUGGGAUUACAGGCGUGAGCCACUAUGCCCGGCCCUGAAAAGGUGACAUUUGAAAAAAAUACAAAAGAGGUGAUUGAUCUCAGAUUCUGGAACCUCAAGACCCAUCUCCAUUCUUUUUUUUUUUUUUUUUUUUGAGACGGAGUCUUGCUCUGUCGCCCAGGCUGGAGUGCAGUGGCGCAAUCUCGGCUCACUGCAAGCUCCGCUUCCCGGGUUCAGGCCAUUCUCCUGCCUCAGCCUCUCCGAGUAGCUGGGACUACAGGCGCCCGCCACCACGCCUAGCUAAUUUUUUGUAUUUUUAGUAGAGACGGGGUUUCACCGUGGUCUCGAUCUCCUGACCUCGUGAUCCGCCCGCCUCGGCCUCCCAAAGUGCUGGGAUUACAAGCGUGAGCCACCGCGCCCGGCUGACCCAUCUCCAUUCUUCGCGCUGCCUCACGCUGCGCCACUCAAGGCCCCUGCCUAGUGCUCUGGCGCCUCCUUCAUAUCCGCGCGGCCGCUGCAACCAGAGGCGGAACUGCAAGGCCGGAAGCUCCACGUCCUCACCCGCCCCUUCCGUUUCGCUUCCGCCUACCCCGCUCGGGCUGCCAGACCGGAAGCGCUCCGCUCUACCUGGAUCUUUCUCUGGAUUGAAACCCGGGCGCCGCCAAGAUGCCGGCUUACCACUCUUCUCUCAUGGAUCCUGACACCAAACUCAUCGGAAACAUGGCACUGUUGCCUAUCAGAAGUCAAUUCAAAGGACCUGCUCCCAGAGAGACAAAAGAUACAGAUAUUGUGGAUGAAGCCAUCUAUUACUUCAAGGCCAAUGUCUUCUUCAAAAACUAUGAAAUUAAGAAUGAAGCUGAUAGGACCUUGAUAUAUAUAACUCUCUACAUUUCUGAAUGUCUAAAGAAACUCCAAAAGUGCAAUUCCAAAAGCCAAGGUGAGAAAGAAAUGUAUACACUGGGAAUCACUAAUUUUCCCAUUCCUGGAGAGCCUGGUUUUCCACUUAACGCAAUUUAUGCCAAACCUGCAAACAAACAGGAAGAUGAAGUGAUGAGAGCCUAUUUACAACAGCUAAGGCAAGAGACUGGACUGAGACUUUGUGAGAAAGUUUUCGACCCUCAGAAUGAUAAACCCAGCAAGUGGUGGACUUGCUUUGUGAAGAGACAGUUCAUGAACAAGAGUCUUUCAGGUCCUGGACAGUGAAGGGAGCCCGGGCAGCCACCGUCUCCAGAGCCCUGGGCAGCAUUUUCCAGCAAGAUGUAUACAAUCUUUUGCCUUUAUUUCAUAAAGCUUUAUACAGAAGAGAGAAGAGCAUGUCUUUACUUGAAAAACUCUUGAUCAAGAAUUUGGGUGGGAGAAAAGAAAGUGGGUUAUCAAGGGUGAUUUGCAAUUUUCUGCAGCAUUAAGCUGGCGCUUAAUAAGAAUAAGUAAUAAUAAAGAAAUUUCUAACAUUCCA